CUCAUUCAAAAUUAUCGUAUAAAUAUACAAAUUUUGUACAUAAGUAUUAGUUAAAUUACGAAACAAUCCACAAAAUGACAGAAACAAUAAAAUUAUUAUGUAGAACUUAAAUUUGCUAUAGUGAUUCAAUGCAAUUGAGGUGGAUUGGGAGCAAUUAAACAGCGGUUGACGGAAAAAUGAGGCACCGUACGAGUAGAGAGAGUCAUGUCUGUGGUUUUGAAUUUAAUCAUAUUAAUUGUCAUCCUAUUUUUGAUAUUCAGUUUCCUCGUCAGGCGUGGCAUUGACAAUUCUCGCGACGGCACCCAAAUGCAUGACCGCUGCAUUCACCCGAAUUGUCCGUGCCAUUAUUUGGAGUACGUGCCACGGUGUCUAGGAGUUGCAAGAACUGUGUACAUGACCAUCGUCUACGCUCUCUCCGAAGCAAUGGCAAAUACGGCAGAGGCAGUUACAGACGUAGCUAAAACCCUGUCUGCUUCAAAUUGUCACGCCACGUGUACUGCCGAGCACCGACAGCAGCCAACAGGCAAUAUAUUUUAUAACCCGGGCCUCGUAACCCAAGAAUAUUCCGACAAAGAUCCGCAAAGACUCAAGUCGAUGGAUAAUAGGAGAUCAGAAAUAAGAAAUACAAUGUCGACAGAUGGCAAGAAACCAGAAAUAAGAGAUGCCCAGUCGAUAGAUAGCAGGAGACUAGAAAUAAGAGAUACAGAGUCGAUAGAUAGUAGGAGACCAGAAAUAAAAGAUUCACUGUCAAUAGAUACUAGGAAACCAGAAACAAGAAGUACACAUAAAAGUUUUAAAAGUGACAAAAUAUCAGACUAUGAAAAAGUAUUCGACAGACCACCUCCGCCACCAUUUGAUAAACCACCAAUACUCAGGCAAUCGGCAAGGUACUCGGAUAAGUCAAAUGAACCACUAUCACAGAGUCAAGAAAACCCAUCAACAACACGAACCUCAGGAAAUUCCGCUGUUCCAACUCAAUCACAAGUAUCAUCAGGACAGGACAAACUACCAUUUUAUCCGUCGUAUGAUAAGGAAAAAGGGUUGAAUGCGGCAACAUCACCCGUAAUCGCAGAGGCAGGAUCCAGCAAAGGAAAGUCUACUGAAUCACAACCUUCAAGUGAGGUGGAAAUACAAUCUUGUAGAAAAUGUCUGGAAAAGGGGAGAACGUGUAUCAGCGACUGUCCCAAAGCAAAAGAUUGGGAAGGCAGCCUGAGUGAUAUGGUUCCGAAAGUUGAGAAAAUUGAAGUGACGCCCCCAGACACGAAUAUCAGCGUACUAUUCGAGACUAAACGAUGUCUCAAAUGCUUUGAAGGAAAACUUUGCACCAGUUCAAAUUGUCCAUUUCGCAGAAGAUCCUCUUUAGGCCUAAGAAGAAAUUCAUCUACUAGUAUAAAUCUCCACGACCUCGCCGAUAGCGAAGAAAUAGCUGACAAAGAGAAGUCGUUCAGCAGGCGGCUUAGUGAACCACCGAACAUACCAUUUAAAAAAUGCUUAAGAUGUGAAACCGGUUUACAGUGUACUUCUUGCACACAGGCCAAUACACCACGAAUCAGUUUUAGUGAUGGUUCACAUAAUGAAAUGAUACAUAAAGAGCAAACUAGUGCAGAUAAGACCAACCGAAGGAAGAGUUCAAUUCUGCGGAGACUCAGUAGAAAAAGCAGCAUUCCAUUACAAAUUGAAAUGGAGAACUUGCAAAAUAUAGACGACAAAGUUACCGGACAACAAAGUCAAUCUAACCUGUUAGACGGAAUUCAAAUAAAAAGUGAAAGUGAACAAGACACUGAAAUCUAUAACGACAAUGAAUCGAAUACCAACCCUGGAUUGAAUACUGGAGUUGUAGCUUCAUGGUCUACAAUUCAAGAGGGUGAAGUUUCUGAAAACUCGUGUCCACAAUGUGAGGAGUUAGGCGAGAAGUGCGUUAUACAUUUGACGAGUACAGCAAUGUAGAACUGAAUUUAAUAA